AUGCUAAACGCCGUCGUUUUCACUUUCAUUGCACUCGUGAGCAUAUCCAGCUACCGCCGCGCCAUUUACACCGAUCCGGGUUGGGCCCCGAGCUCAUUUGUGCCCGAUGUUGAGGACGCAGGCACCCCGAUCCACGAGAUCAAGCGCAAACCUGCACAGCGCGUUGGUAUUGUCCUUUUUCUUCAGAAAUGUCGACAGGGUGGUGAUUUGAGGUACUGCCAGAAGUGUUCGCACUAUAAGCCUCCUCGCGCCCAUCAUUGCCGCAUCUGUAAUACUAAUAGAUGUGUUUUACGAAUGGAUCACCAUUGUAUUUGGAUGAAUAACUGUGUGGGGCACGGAAACUACAAGAUAGAUCUUCUUUGUCUUUCUGUUUUAUAUGCUGUUCUUGCUUGCAUAUACUCCCUGGUAUUGCUUGUUGGAAGUGCGACAGUUUAUUCUCAUCAAGACAGUGAAGACUCUUCCAGAAUAAUACAUGUUAAUUCAGGUUUACUGUUGGUACCCUUGUGUUUGGCGCUAGGAUUUUUCCUCGGGUGGCACUUCUAUCUUAUUUUACAAAACAAGACUACAAUCGAGUACUAUGACGGUGUAAGAGCGAUGUGGCUUGCUGAGAAAGGAGGCCAGAUCUAUUCACAUCCUUAUGAUAUUUGAGAAUUUGACAGCAGUUAGUGCUCUUUCUGUAUCUUGUUUGCUGCUUCACGAUCCUUUAGUAACAUCUUUGUGGAAAACUCGAAAAGAAUUUUACUUGUAAAACCUAAUUGGUUGUCUUCAUUCAUCUGGGUCCAAAAGUUCAGUGCUGGCUUUGCCCCAGUUCAGGACAUAUUGGGUCUGGCCUUCGAUUCAAAACUAAGUACGAUGCCCUCAUGGGAUUAUCAACUCCAGAUUGACGAGGAGUUUGUGGCUCCAGAUAAAUACACUCAAUACUCUGCUGAUGAUGAUGUGUACAUGCUGAGUAAGGCUAGCCGCAAAUCUUCGGAGCCCAAGGAGCCGG